AUGCUCAUUAUUGGGCUCACCGGCUCAAUAGCCACGGGUAAAUCCACCGUGUCAACAAUCCUCUCAUCCUCCUACAAUCUUCCCAUUAUCGACGCCGAUAUCCUUGCCAGAAAAGUCGUCGAACCAGGCUCAGCAGGCUACAAAGCAAUUGUCAACUACUUCGGCCCAAACACACCCGACCUCCUACUCAACGAUCCUGCAACCGACACGCCAAAUGGCCAACCACUGAAUCGACCCGCUCUAGGCCGCCGCGUCUUCGGCUCAACCGAAGAGCGCAAACGCGACCGCCAAGUUUUAAAUGGAAUCAUCCACCCCGCUGUUCGCUGGGAAGUCUACAAAGCCCUGAUACACCACUACCUUCGUGGACAGUGGGCGGUCGUCCUUGACGUGCCCCUCCUCUUUGAAAGCGGGAUGGAUCUUAUCUGCGGAACUGUUAUCGUGGUCGGGGUACAUGAUCCGGAAAUCCAGAUGUCGCGAUUACGCGCUCGUGAUGCGCAUCUUACAGCUGAAGAUGCUGAGAAUCGGGUUCGAAGCCAGGGUGAUGUGCGAGUGAAGGCGGCUCAAGCGGAAUUCAGAGGAACAAAGGCUUCGCGUGGAGUGGUGGUUUGGAAUGAUGCAGAUAAGAGUGAGUUGGAAACCGCUGUGAAAACUGCUAUGGGGAGUAUUGCGGCGAGUAGUCCGCGCUGGUGGGCGUGGGCAUUACUUGUGGCACCGCCGGUUGGGUUUGGUGUUGCGGCGUGGAACUUAGUGGUGAAUUUUGCUACACAGAAAGGAUGGGAAAGAAAGAAGACGGAAGAGAAGGCGAAGCUUUAG